ACUGAAAGCGGAAGUAAUCAAGUGUAAGGAAUAAUCAAAGUCACGCGAUCGGGGACAGGUACAGCAAAAGCAUCCUGGUCACGAAGAUAUUUUACUCGAAUCUUACGCGGUUUUUAGUGUACUCGUGGAGCUGUUUACACGUUCAAAGGAGGCAGCGUUUCAGGAGGAAAAGGAAAAAUCUGAAGCUCUACUCUGACGAACCCAGGCUUUGGCCAAUCUUUCAGAUUUCUUUCCUGGUUAGCCUGGUCACUUCACUAUUCAAUGCUGAAACAACUUCUGGAAGCCUCUUCACCCAUUCUGUCGAUGAUCUCUUUUUGUUUUUGAAGUUCGUGUCUUGGCUGUAUUGGAUAGUGAAGAGUCUGCCACAAUAAUGAAAUGGAGAGGUUGUCCCUCAACACGAUUACAGAGCAGGAAAUCAUCCGUUUUCAAGAGGAUGGCGCUAUUUGCUUACGAGCCGUUUUAAGUCAAAGAUGGAUUGAUCUUUUGAGAAGUGGGAUUGAAUUCAAUAGACUCCACCCAUCCCAAAUGACGAGACGUAAGGGCCACACACCUCUCUUUUUUCACGACUACGGCAACUGGAAAAAUAUCCCUGAAUACGAGGAGUUUAUUUACCAUUCCCCUGUUGGCGAAGUAGCAGGACGACUUCUUCAAUCUUCGGUUGCCGCGCUUUACUCCAAUCACGUGAUUGUCAAAGACAGCGGAUCAACCAAACAAACCCCAUGGCACCAGGAUCAGGCUUACUAUGAGAUCGAUGGACAGCAGGUAUGUUCUGUGUGGCUCCCAGUCGACCCAGUCUCCGAACACACUUGUCUUCGUCUUUUAAAGGGUUCUCACAAGUUUCCACAGUACUUUAAACCUGUUCACUUUGACGGCCCUCCCUUUACCUCCUACGAAAUGAAGCCAGGAAACGAAAAGCAAGCUGGUGAAUUUCUUUCGCCCCCAGAUGUUGACGGAAACGACCAAUAUCAAGUCUUGUCCUGGAACAUGGAGCCUGGAGACUGCAUUGUUUUCCAUAUGAAAACAGUUCACGGCGCUCAUGGCAACAACCUGAAGACGCCUCGACGAGCUUUCUCUACAAGAUGGCUUGGAGAUGACGCUAUUAAAGGAGAACGACCAUGGAUGAAUCUACCACCGAGUGACGGAAUUAGAAACUUGAAAAGAGGAGAGAACCUCGUUCAGUCGGGUGCAUUUACUGUUACUUGGACCGCAUAGGGCAAUUUUCAAUAGGAUAUCGAUAGUAAUCGGAGAUUGCGCUGGUCUUGAUUUUACUUCGCUCUGUGAUUGGUCAAGAAAACUUGUACCACUCUCUCACCCAAUCGCAUGCAAAACUACAGCCAAUCACAACUUGGUCACGCGCGUUUUUCCCGCGCUUUAAGGAAGUCUGUUUGUUUGUUUGUUUGUUUGUACGGUUCUUAA